CACCCCUUCCCUUUCCUCUUCCCCCUCACCCCUACAUCUGGGGCCAGCACCACACUACUGAAUCGCACCACCAGAUCCCCCCCCUGCCGUAUGCAUCGCAUGUAAUAGUACAAUGCUGACAAUCACCGCCACAGCAUGGACCAGGCUGCUUCCGUCUUCUCGGAGCAAGGAUCCGCCACAUUCGUCUCCUUCACCCCCAGCCUGUCUGCCCGGCCCGUCAAGUUCCCCCCAACGAGGCCCGAGCUUUGCUUUGUGAUCGCGCAAUCAUUCGUCACCUCCAACAAACAUGUCACCGGACCCAUCCUGGGCAUCAGCCUUCAGGGGUUCCACGAUGCCUUCUUCUACCACAACGGCGGGUCGGACUACGCCGCCGCCAAGAGCCUCACCAAGGAGGAGGAGCUGCGCCGGCUGAUAGACAUCACCAAGGAGACGCUGACCCGGGAGGACGGCUACACGCGGGAGGAGAUCGCCUCCGCGCUCCAAAUGUCCGUGCCGGAGCUGGAGCAGCGCUUCAUGUCCAGGUUCCCCGUCCGCGCCGACCGCUUCAAGCUCAGGCAGCGCGCCCUGCACGUCUUCACCGAGGCGCUGCGCGUCGUCCAGUUCCUGGCCCUACUCGAGGGGCCUCUCCACACGGGGCGGACGGACACGACGCAGUUCAACGAGGAGCUGGGCCGGCUCAUGAACGAGACCCAGGACUCGUGCAGGGACCUGUACGAGUGCAGCUGCCCCGAGCUAGACGAGAUAUGUCGAAUCUCACGUGGCGCAGGGGCUUAUAGCAGCAGGCUGACGGGCGCCGGGUGGGGAGGAUGCAGCGUGCACCUCGUGCCGGCCGAUAAGGUGCCGGCCGUCAAGGAGGCGCUGGAGCAGCAGUACUAUUCCAAGCUCGACCUGACCGACGAGCAGAAGGAGCAGGCCGUGGUGGUGAGCCGGCCCGCUCGAGGGAGCGCCGUCUAUAUAGUCGAGGGAGGCCAACUGAGCUGAAACGGACGCGGAUGAAGAGAGUAGGCAAAUAUCAAAAAAAGAGUAACGUGACGAGUUUGCAAUGCGAGCUGGACCCAGUCGCUUUCUCCAAUCUCGUCGAUGUAACAUACCGGAUAGAACAUGACCCGUUCGUCCUCCUAUAAAGAAAAAGAAGAAUCUGACAAGCAAGCAGUCAAUUUGGAAUACAACAAUGGACUCCACGUACCUGUUUCAACCGUUCCACGAAUACCUGCCCCAUC